CGAAUAGAUUAAUUUGCUAAAUGUGCUCAGAUGAAAGAAGUGCACUCAGGUUUUGACAGUUGUGUUUCGAGAUAGGGUAGCACUGAGUGCGACCAAAGUGGCUGGUUUUGUUUAUGUGUGUUUUGCUUGCGUAAAUUGAAUUUUGUUUUUGUUUUUGUGCGCCGCGUGCUAAAUAUAGAAAUAGAUGCCGCAAAAACAUUUAAAUUUGAAAUAUAUGAAAAUGCAACUAUAUUUCUAGUUGAUUGGCAGGUGUGUUUUGCUUGUUUGUGCGCUCUCAUUAUGCUCCAAGCAGUGGUCGCAAUGGAAUCGUUGCCCACAUCCUUAACCACCAAAGAAUCCAAAGAAUGUCUCACAAUAAAGCGUGGCACGCGCAUUCUCAGCGAGAAACCCUUCGCCUACGUUCUCAAGUCGCAGUAUCGUUUGGAGCGCUGUGACAAUUGCCUGGAGGCGGUGCAGAAGGUGCGCAAGUGCUCGAAUUGCCGUUAUGUGUCCUACUGCAAUCGCACCUGUCAGCAACAGGCGUGGCCGCUGCACAAGCACGAGUGCCCCUUCCUCAAGCGCGUCCAGCCGCGAAUUGUGCCCGAUGCGGCCCGCAUGCUCUGCCGGCUCAUCUUGCGCCUGGAGCACGGCGGAGAUCUGGAACGCGGCUACUACACAGAGCAUGGCUCACGCAAGUUUCGUGAUCUAAUGUCGCACUAUGCGGAGAUUAAGAACGACCCGAAGCGACGGGAGCAUUUAGAAUCGUUGCACGCGGUGCUAACGGACAUGAUUAGCGACAGCAACAGUGGCAGCAGCAGCAUAGUGCCCAACAUUACCGAACUGAUGAGCAUUUAUGGCCGUCUCAUUACGAACGGCUUCAAUAUACUGGAUGCGGAGAUGAACUCAAUAGCGACUGCCAUUUAUUUGGGCGUAUCCAUAACGGAUCACAGUUGCCAGCCGAAUGCGGUUGCCACCUUUGAGGGUAACGAGCUGCAUGUGCAUGUCAUUGAGGAUUUGCCAUGCUUGGACUGGUCAAAGAUCUACAUUAGCUACAUCGAUCUGCUCAAUACGCCGGAGCAGCGGCGUGCCGAUCUCAGGGAGCAUUAUUAUUUUUUGUGCGUGUGCAGCAAGUGCAUUGAUCCCCAGGAGAUGCACGAAAUGACCGCCGCCGUCUGCCCCAACGCCAGCUGCGAUGCCAGCGUCAACAUUGAGCUGGCCAAGUGCCAGCAAUGCGAUGCCAGUGUAACGCCCCAACUUCGCACCGCCUACAAUGAUAUUAUGGCGUUCACGCAGAGCAGCCUGGACAGCAUGAAGGAGGUGGCCUAUUUGGAUGUGUGCAAUGUGUGUUUGGAGAAGCAGCGAGGCGUGCUACAUCCGCUGAAUGUGUGGCAUGUGAAGACACUCGAUGCGGCUUUUGAGGCCGCCAUUAAUGUGGGCAAAUGGACGGAUGCACUGGCAUUUGGACAGCAACUGUUGCCGGGCUUUGGCAAAUAUCAUGGCGCAUGGAACCCGCUGGUUGGUUUGCUGCACAUGAAGCUGGGCAAGAUUCAGCUGUACGAGCGCAACUACAAGCUGGCCGUGCAUCAUCUGCAGGAAGCGCAGCGCAUAUUGAGUGUCACCCAUGGACACGAUCAUCGGUUGCUCGUCGACCAGCUGCGUCCGCUCAUGCUGCAGGCCCGGCACGAGAUGACCUGAGUUGAGCUUUGUUGUUUGUGUUUUAUGUUUAUGUUUAACUUCAACAUCACCAUCAACUUACUGUAUUUGUUUAUUUCAAUUAAAGCGUAGGCUAAAUGUA